AUGGAAUGUUACAAUCCCAUCAUAGGACCACAAUACUGUCUUCUUUACCCAACAGAUCUUGUUUUCACUAAAACCAUCGCCGGAGUGAGGCAUGGUGAGCUCUCCGUCACCGACGUUAACUGCAAGCCCCUCUUCUGGUUUGAUGGCUCUUCCGAGAAUAACAGGUGGUUCUUAGUUGAUGCAAACUCUACAAGCCCUCUCAUUUCCAUAAAAAGAAAAAAGAGUUGGCGUUGUCAUGAUCGGUGGCAAGUAUUCAGAGGUGCUAGCAAGAAGAAAAGAGAUCUGUUGUUCAAGUUGAAGAGGAGCUCAUCAUUUGGGUUCAAUGCAGAGUGGCGAGUAAAUCUUGUUGCUAAUAAGACCAUAGAGAAUAAGUAUGAUUUUAAGAUAAAAGGAGGGUAUAAAAAGAGAUCAAUCAAGAUUUACAAGGGAGAUACGUCCAUUGUUGUUGCUCAGAUGAGGAAGGAACAUAAAUUUGUGAAUUUGCCAUGGGACAAACAUGCAUUUGUGGUGAACAUCAAUCCACACACAGACCAUGCCUUUAUUGUCUCACUCAUUGUUGUUAUAGAUGCAAUCUCUCAAGUUUUGCAAGCAGCAUCUUCAUGAGCUUGAAAGUCAAGAAGAUUGUCUUCGGUCAAACAUAUUUGGGUUUUUUUUUUCUCUGAAGUGAUCGGCAUACUACAUAUGCAUUG